CUUCAGCCGCCAUUUCGGGAGGACUUGGGGUUACCGUCGAGACGGCGUGAGGAGCAGAAGAAAAUGUGUUAGUUUUGUUAAAAUCGAAGUUUAAAAAGUAACGAAAUAUAAUGCUUUUUAUUUUUAGAAGAACAAGUACAUUGUAAUUGUUUAUUGAAAUUGAAAAUAAAUAACAGUCGGACUUGUUCCAUCCAUCCUUUACAUCGCCUGUAGACUGGAAGGGGAGGGCGGCGAAAUCUAAAACGACACCAACUAGAGGAAAGGAGACGGAAGAAACCCUGCGGUUUUUGUGUACGAGUUGGCUGAAGCCAAACAAUUCGACAAAAAAUCUUCCUCACUUUGUUUUUUGGCACCUUUUCGCCACACGUAAAAGAUUUAAGCUUGACGGGAUGGCGUCCUCUGUGGGCAACGUGGCCGACAGCACAGAACCAACGAAACGUAUGCUUUCCUUCCAAGGGCUGGCAGAACUGGCACACCGAGAAUAUCAGUCUGGUGAUUUUGAGGCAGCAGAACGUCACUGCAUGCAGCUUUGGAGGCAAGAACCGGACAAUACCGGUGUCCUCUUGCUGCUGUCUUCCAUUCACUUCCAGUGUCGUCGCUUAGACCGAUCUGCACAUUUUAGCACUCUGGCUAUUAAGCAGAAUCCAAUGCUAGCUGAAGCAUAUUCUAACUUGGGAAAUGUAUACAAGGAGAGGGGUCAGUUGCAAGAAGCCAUUGAACAUUAUCGACAUGCUUUACGGCUAAAGCCCGAUUUUAUCGAUGGAUACAUUAACCUGGCGGCUGCACUGGUGGCAGCAGGUGACAUGGAAGGUGCUGUACAAGCUUACGUUUCAGCUCUCCAGUACAAUACGGAUUUGUACUGUGUGCGCAGUGACCUGGGGAAUCUCCUUAAAGCCCUGGGUCGCCUUGAGGAAGCUAAGGCCUGCUAUCUGAAAGCUAUUGAGACUCAACCUAAUUUUGCAGUUGCCUGGAGUAAUCUUGGCUGCGUCUUCAAUGCCCAAGGGGAAAUCUGGCUUGCCAUUCAUCAUUUUGAAAAGGCUGUGACCCUAGAUCCAAAUUUCUUAGAUGCUUAUAUAAACCUUGGAAAUGUUCUAAAGGAAGCUCGUAUUUUUGACAGAGCUGUUGCCGCCUACUUACGUGCUCUUAGUUUGAGCCCAAAUCAUGCUGUUGUACAUGGAAAUCUCGCCUGCGUUUAUUACGAGCAAGGAUUAAUUGAUCUUGCUAUUGAUACCUACCGACGUGCUAUUGAACUACAGCCACACUUCCCUGAUGCUUAUUGUAAUCUUGCCAACGCUCUCAAAGAGAAAGGAAAUGUCGGUGAAGCUGAAGACUGCUACAACACAGCGUUAAGGCUUUGCCCCACUCAUGCUGACUCUCUUAAUAACUUGGCCAACAUCAAAAGGGAGCAAGGAAACAUUGAGGAGGCUGUCAGACUGUAUAGGAAAGCUUUAGAGGUCUUUCCAGAGUUUGCAGCAGCACACUCGAACCUUGCAAGUGUUUUACAACAGCAAGGCAAAUUACAAGAAGCUCUCAUGCAUUAUAAAGAGGCUAUUAGGAUUAGUCCUACCUUUGCUGAUGCCUACUCCAAUAUGGGUAACACAUUAAAAGAAAUGCAGGAUGUUCAGGGUGCCUUGCAGUGUUACACACGUGCCAUCCAGAUUAACCCUGCUUUUGCAGAUGCACACAGCAAUCUUGCCUCCAUACAUAAGGAUUCAGGAAAUAUUCCAGAGGCUAUUGCUUCAUAUCGUACUGCCCUUAAAUUAAAACCAGACUUCCCAGAUGCCUAUUGUAACCUGGCACACUGUCUUCAGAUUGUCUGUGAUUGGACAGACUAUGAUGAGAGAAUGAAAAAACUGGUGAGCAUUGUGGCAGAUCAGUUGGAGAAAAACCGCUUGCCUUCAGUACACCCUCAUCACAGCAUGUUAUACCCCCUCUCCCAUGGCUUUCGUAAAGCAAUUGCUGAAAGACAUGGCAAUCUUUGUCUUGAUAAGAUAAAUGUUCUUCACAAGCCACCUUAUGAACAUCCAAAAGAUUUAAAAGCCAGUAAUGGGCGACUACGAGUUGGUUAUGUUAGCUCUGAUUUUGGAAAUCAUCCAACAUCACAUCUUAUGCAGUCCAUUCCUGGCAUGCACAGUGCAGAAAAGUUUGAAGUGUUCUGCUAUGCACUUAGUCCAGAUGAUGGCACCAACUUUCGUGUAAAAGUGUCAAAGGAAGCAAGCCAUUUUACAGAUCUUACUCAAUUUCCAUGUAAUGGAAAAGCGGCAGAUAGGAUUCACCAAGAUGGAAUUCACAUUCUUAUUAACAUGAAUGGAUACACAAAGGGUGCACGGAAUGAACUAUUUGCACUUCGUCCUGCUCCAAUUCAGGCAAUGUGGCUAGGAUAUCCAGGAACAAGUGGUGCCCUAUUUAUGGAUUACAUUAUUACUGACAAAGAAACCUCACCUUUUGAUGUAGCAGAACAAUAUUCUGAAAAGUUAGCAUAUAUGCCUAACACGUUUUUUAUUGGAGACCAUGCCAACAUGUUUCCACACCUUAAGAAAAAAGCAGUGAUUGAUUUCAAGUCCAAUGGCCAUAUUUUUGACAACCGCAUUGUUCUUAAUGGAAUUGACUUAAAAGCUUUCUUGGACAGCUUGCCUGAUGUUAAGGUAGUCAAGCUAAAAUGUCCUGAUGGCCAAGAGUGUGGUGAUAGUAACUCUGCCCUCUCAAUGCCUGUAAUUCCCAUGAAUACAGCUGCAGAGGCUAUAAUUAAUAUGAUCAACCAGGGGCAGAUCCAGGUUACCAUUAAUGGCUUUACUGUCAGCAAUGGCCUUGCAACAACACAGAUAAAUAACAAAGCAGCAACUGGAGAAGAGGUACCUCGCACAAUUAUUGUAACAACUCGUUCCCAAUAUGGACUUCCUGAAGAUGCCAUUGUUUAUUGUAAUUUCAAUCAGCUUUACAAAAUUGAUCCACCAACUCUUCAAAUGUGGGCUAAUAUUCUGAAACGUGUUCCAAAUAGUGUACUUUGGCUUUUGAGGUUCCCUGCUGUUGGAGAGCCUAAUAUUCAACAGUAUGCACAAAACAUGGGCCUGCCUUCCAGUCGUAUUAUUUUUUCCCCUGUUGCGCCAAAAGAGGAGCAUGUACGUAGAGGACAGCUUGCAGAUGUUUGCCUUGACACACCUUUGUGCAAUGGGCACACCACAGGCAUGGAUGUAUUGUGGGCUGGCACUCCUAUGGUUACUAUGCCAGGUGAAUCUGCACCUUUAUUUUCAUGGUCAGCUGCUAUCCAAUCAGAAUGUACAAGAAAAAAAGGCUUUGAGGCUGAAUCAGGAGAAACACUUGCAUCACGUGUUGCAGCUUCUCAGCUAACCUGCUUGGGAUGUAUAGAACUUAUUGCCCAAAAUAGACAAGAGUAUGAAGAUGUAGCUGUGAAACUUGGAACAGAUAUGGAAUACCUAAAAAAGAUUCGUGCCAAGGUAUGGAAGCAACGGAUUUGCAGUCCACUCUUCAACACUAAGCAGUACACUAUUGAGCUAGAGAAGCUGUAUUUGCAGAUGUGGGAACAUCACAGUACAGGAAACAAGCCUGAUCAUCUCAUUAAUUUUAAACAGCUGGAAACCACUGAGACAGCCUGAUUCUUUGUGGAUGAGCCUUUUCAAGUUGUCUAAACGCUCUUUAAAGAUGCUGAUUUUUUUUUUUCUUUGUACUCAAUUAUUCAACCCCUUUAAGAGAGAGACUCCACUCAUGCGGAGCGCAGUUACUGAAGUUAAAAGCAGAAAGGGGUGAGGUUUCUUUGACUGCAGAUAUUUGCAGCAUUUCUCAAAGUCCAUUUUAAUUGCCUCCUCAAUUAAUGACUUAAGACAACUGACAGUGCUUUGUGAAGAAUUUUGAUGCUUGUAGAUUGCUGAGGAUCUAAGACAACACAACCACAUGGAUGCAUCAGCAAGACUUGCUUUUUAUUUGUGAUAAGAAUGCAUUCAUAAUUAAAUGCAUAAGAUUGGAUGUAAAACAUUUUAUAAAACAAGAUCAACAUUAACAGGUUUCUGUAUAAUUAGAAGAGGUAAAUUGUUCUGAAAUACCUAUUAAGGUCCUGUGAAAGCUUGUCAUGCCAAACUAACUGGACAGAAGAAUUUUCUUUCGCAGUGUAUUGGAAACCUCCAUGAGUUGCAUCUUGAACAUACCUUCUUUCCUGGCCGUUGCAUCUUUAUUUUUUUUUUUUUUUUUUUUUUUUUUUUUUUUUUAAAUAUGUGCUUCCUUGAGCUUUUUCAUGUUUUUGCAGAUUGUCUGGUCAUCCUGUUUAUAAUUUUCUGUUUCUUGCCUUUAUAGCUGCAUUUCUCAAUCUGAAACUGAAAUGAAAAUCUGUCAGAUAUAUUAAUUUGUUCCCCAUCUUGAUAUCAGCAGUUGUUCUGCUGUUUAUAGCUUAAUUUUAACUCCAAUUGUCUUUUAAGACAGUGUGUUUGUUUUCAAAAGGGACGGUAGGGAGAGUGAAAUUCUGAACAGAACAAGAUUGUGCCCAGGGUCUUUACAAUUCAGCCAUCCACACAUAAGCUGGUUUCUAAGCAAUCCCUUUUAGAAUUCCAAUAUUGUUGUACAACUUCCCGUGAAAGAGGUAAAGGUAAGUAUGUCUUUGCCAAGUUUUUGGUAUUUAUUUAUUUUAUUAAUGCAUUAUAUGUUGUCUUUCCCUGUUAUUUCUGAAUAGAGCCUACAUGGUUGUGCUUUAAUGUUUUGGUUUUUUUUUUUUUUUUUACAAUGUGCACUAUUCUGGUUCAAAUCUUCUAGUCAUUGAAUUCAGCAAUUUAAUUUGAUACUACAUUGAUUAAAAGAAAUAAUCUUGAUUUUGCUUGGGGCACUUGUAAGAAACCAGAUCCAAAUGGUGGUUGUUUAAUUUUCUGGUUUUUUUUUGUUUUUUUUUUUUUUUUGUUAUUGAUUAUUGCCAUAAGCAAACCACAUGGGAUGUCUUAUCACAAUACUGUAUACAGUGGUUAUGCAAGCAGCCAAGUCUUUUAAUGCACUGAGAGAUGUGAAUCUCCUGAAUACAUGUUUACUAAUUUGUGUGGUAAAAUAACUAAACCUAACUCCUCACCCCAAAUAAAAUUUUCUUUUUUGGUGGAA